UGAUUACCAGCACGAAACUAAGAAAGUACAUGGCAACAGUGUCACAGGUCAUUAGCCUAACAGAGAAUGAACUUGAAUAUCUGGCCAAUCACAUGGGUCAUGAUAUUAGUGUUCAUCGAAACUUCUACCGUUUACAAGAUUCAACACUUGAGCUGGCUAAAGUAAGCAGACUGUUACUGGCUGCAGAACAAGGGAAGAUGGGUUCAUUUGCUGGGAAAACAUUGAACGAUAUAACAUUUAGUGAUUUUCCGGACUACUGUGAAGAUGAUUGUGGAGAUUCUUCCGGAGAAGUUCAGGCUCCAGAGAUGGAGAAGUUAAGCAGCCAGCUGGCCCCAAUUACCCCCAAAUCUGUGACAGAUGAAACGACUCAUGCUCCAUCUACAUCUGUGGCAGAUGAAACAACUGACAGUGGUGAUAUCAGUGACAUUGUCAUGGCAGGGAACACCAAAAUGUACAAAGGAAAGGCUGUUCAACGCACAGAAUGGAGAAGUGAUGAAAUGAAGGCCAUCUCAGACUUGAUUGAUCAGUCAGUACAGUCGAGGAAACCUCCCAGAAAAGCUGACGUUAUUAGCUGCCUGAGUUCUUUUCCGCAGCUUAAGGCACGCAAGUGGAUUCAUGUUAAAUUUCGUGUUUGGGCAGAGGCGCAGAAAAUGAUAAACAAAAAAAAAUCUGUAAAAGCCUCUUUUCUGAGCCAUGAUUAA